UGCUUCGACCCCUUCUGACUCAGAGUCUUGGUAUGAAACUGGUAGGAUAGAGUUCAUGUGUGGAGACGUUGCAUGUCAGCAGAAUAUUCCAAAUUGAGUAAGCUCAACACAUCACCUGUAAUCCCUAGAUUUCGUGCAAAGUGAAACACAACAGCACAUUCUAAAGCAGCUGAAGAUGUGAUGACAAUGUUUGACGCGAAGGAAGCGGAAAAGAAUGCGUCCGCCAAAGAGGAACUUCACAAACAUCACAAAGUUGUAGAUGAUGUGGGGCAGACCGUUGCCGACAUCAUCAAUAAGUCCGUGUCUGGCAACACAACCACUUCGUCGGAAAAGGUGGAGAGCAGCGCGACCAACGCCAGUGCUUCCAGUGCUUCAGACCGGAGCACAGCAAAUAGCAGCAAUGUCUCCAGUGUUGCCGAUGCAGCAGAACAUGUCGGGCAAGCUGUGUCUGACAUUAUUGACAAAUGGUCGGCUGCCGGCAAUGCAACUACUUCAGAUGAGAAGGCGGAUGACAUCAAGAAGACUGUAACAGAUGUGACUGAAGCCAUAAAGAAUGUGUCCGAGAACGAAGUGGUGCUUCGCCGGCAAUCUUGGUACGACCAGCUCUGGAGCGCCACAGCGCCCCUGAGGCCCAAGAUGUGGGGCGUGCGGUCUCCGACAUUUUCAAUAAAUGGACGGCUGGUGGAGAUACGACACCUUCCACGGAUGAGGCCAAGAGCGAUUCAGAAAAGCAAAGCAAUGCGAGCAUGGGUUCAAAUUUGUCAGACACUGUGGAUGACAUCGCAGACACCGUGUCUGACGUGAAGAAAGCUAUCACCAAGGUGUCCAAGAAUGAAGUUGCCCAAGACGUGGGGCGUGCAGUCUCCGACAUCUUCAACAAAUGGGCAACGGGUGGAAAUGAAACUGGCAAGGCUGCGGUAGCAAGCACUACACCCUGUCCUUGCAGCGGAAACAGCAGCAAUGCCACCAGUGUAGCCUCAGACGUGGUACCCGCUGUGGGGCGCGCUGUCUCCAAUGUUGUUGACAAAUGGGUCACUGCGCAUGACCGUGAUCAAGGCCUUCCAAUCAGAGCUCCCUUACCUGAUGAGGCUGCUGAGGACAGCCGUGUCGAGAGCGACGCAGGUCGGCCCUGGUGGCACCUUGUGGGUCCUGUUGGAUGCUUGGCGCUUGCAAUCUUGGCCACCUUGCUGGUGAUUUUUGAGUUCUGCACUGGCAGAUGAGACGGGCAGCAUAGAGCCUGAGAGGGUGGAGGAGGCUGCACUUCAGCCACAAAUGGAAGUUUGGAUUGUCGGUCUAUGUGAUAAUUAACUCCACAGAAGCGCAACGCAUCAACAGAGAACGUUGACCUUGCUUUGUGCUCCUUGUCAACUGUGGAAAGAUGAUGAGAGGCCCAUGUUAGCAAAACUGCGAAAUGCCUCCGAAUGUUCAAGGGUGAGCAACAGUUUAAACCGAGAGAAGACACCAUGGCGCUAUGGUGAGCAGAAAGAGCGAGCUCGGAAAAGAACUGCAGACUUCAAAGCCAAGCAGCCAGAGUGUGGAACAUAUGGGCCAAACUUGGGAUCCGCAUUGGUAUUCUAUGACUCUAGGACUGACAAGAACGAAAAAGAUCCCCUCGAGUGUCAUUUGUUCUGACAUCGCCCAGAUAUGAACGUCUACUACGCCUAUCCCAACAUCCGUGGCUGCCGCAACAUCGACAGCGCAACCAUUGGC